CACAACGAGGAAGUACUAGUGACGCCUUUUGAACAUUAUUUUGAAAGUAUUAAUUUUAGUAGGAUACAUUUGGAAAAUGCUGCACGAGUUACUUCUAGCUCUUAAGGGUCACUAUGGUGGAGUAUUCAAGCAUACAAAUGAAGGGAUAAAUGUUAGUUCUUGCAUUUCCCACUAGCUAAUCUUUACUAUAAAUAUAAAACUUAAGUUAGUCUUUGUUGAUUUGUUGUAACUUGUAACUUAAUACUUAAUUUAGUGCUAUGGUUGCAGUUACUCAGUUACACUGAAGUUAUAGUUACUGCUAAGAAUUAGAAUUAGAAGUUAGGACAUAUUUAUUUAUUUAGUAAGACAUGUAGCCUUUGCAGCAUAAUAGUAAUAAGUAAUUACUAAUAGUAUGCUGAGUAUGCACAUUCAGACAUUCUUUAAUUAAUAUAUUUUACUAGUUAUUAGGCCUACUGUUAUUAUUAGUAUUAGCCAUUAGCAUUUGCCUUUACUUUUUACUUUAGUUAAAAGUUAGUAAGAGAAGUCUUAGUUCCUAGAAAGUCUCUUACUAUUCUUAGAUCUAGAACAGGCCUGCACAACUCAAAAUGUAAGGUGGACCGUAAUACUUUAUGAAAAACUUGAACAGGCCAUGAUAUUCUAUGAAAAGCUUGUGCGGGUCGAAAAAUAAUAGUACAAGGGGAAAGCUAUUAAGAAAAUAACGUAAAUAAAGAAUAUUUCGUUGCUUCGCGGGCGGCCUGCGAACCGUAUGUUGUGCAGGCCUGAUCUAGAAUGAUCAGCCAAUUUAAAAUUAUUAUUCCUUAACCUUUUUAAGAUUGAGGUUUUUUUUAGUGUUGGUGCCAAGAAGAAGGCGAAAGAGCUCUUUGUACUACCUCAGCAUUGCAAAAAAAAAAUGAAUUUAAUUACUUUACAAAUAAUAUAAAACUACAUAAUUCUAUACUAUAUAUAUUCUUGUAGACUAAUAAUACUAAAAGGCCUUCUAUCUUUAUUUAUUUAUGAAUUAAACUGAAAUUUCAACUUUUAUGCAAAUAAGAUAUCCUCAUUUGCAUAAUUUAGUAAUGCAAUUUUUUCACACUUACAAUAAGCAUGUCUUACUUGCAGAAUUUUGUAAAAUUUUAUGAUUGUAAAAUUUAAAGCCUAAAUAAGUCCUAAUCCAUAUUUGUAUGAGAUGCAGUUUGAAAAACUACAUAAAAUAUUCCCCUGGGGAUGCCUUUUGACAUUUUUCAAGGUCACAUAAUAUAUUUAACGCAUUUUUAGGGGUCACUAGGUACAAAAAAGUGAUAGCAAAUGACAGAACACAGUAAAAUUAUAAAAUUACAGAAGCACACCAACGGAUAUUAAUGCCAGGCGCCAUUAAAAUGGCAGGAGAGCAAGAAAUGCGAGAAGCAAUCUGAUUAGCUAGUACAAAGGCCUAUCUUGAGGCUUGAAUUAUUGGGCCGAUAGAUCGGCCUUUCGUUUUUUUUGCCAUUCAACCCUGGGCCAAUAGAUUGGCCCGGCCAUCCCAAGAGGGUUAAAGUGACACACAAAAAAAUACUAAUACAAUAAUAGGCUGUUUAAUAAGUCUUAGCCUGAUCUUGCCCUAGUCUCUUUAACUUUAAUACUAAAUUAAGAUACUAAAAAAUUUAAAAAGCUGAAAGGGGGACUUCUGACUGAAAGGUAGGAAACUGCAGAAAACAAGGAAAUUCUUCACUGGAUUAUGUAAGAAACCAAGUCAAUUGUUGGAAUAAACAACUAUUAUUUUUUACAUUAGCCAAAGGCCUAACUCUAAACCUUUUACUUUUAAAUUAGAUUUAGAUAAGAUUUUGUGAUUUACAUGCUUGACCAUUUGUAAUGCCAUUAGUAAAAGGUUAGCUGUUAUUUAAUUAAUUGAUAUAUUAGUAGGAGUUUCUCUCUCAAAUCAAUGUCUGAAGUGCUAAGGCUAAAGUUUUUAAUAGAAAUAGGUCUACAUGAACUACAAAAUAGACCACUUGUCAUAAUUGACUGAGAGUAAGACUACGGGCAGGGCUAGGUCUAGGAGUCAGGCAUUGGUAAAUAAAGUUUAACUUUAUGUCUUUACUUUGAAACUUUUAUAAUUAUAUUAUUAUUUUUGUUGAUUUCUGUGGAAUUUGCCACGUAAUUUUGUUUUAUGUAGCCUGAUAUUUUCAUAUUAAGAAAUUAACAGUUAGACCUAACUAUUAAAUUAAUUUUAAUUAAAUAAAACCUUGGAAUGUGAGUAAUUUGCUUUGCAAGUAUUUUGCAAGACUAGCAAAAGCAAGAUGUUAUGAGGGAGAUCUAUCUGAGGAGGAGGAUGAGAAUUCCUCACUUCAAAUGAGAUUAGUUAAAUUUUUUGUAAGAAAAGUACCACCUGAAAAGGCUGUACCAUUGCGAGCAAUGAAUCUAUUUACAACAAAUGCUAUGUCAUACUCUGCAAAAUCCUUAUAAGUGUAGAAAAAAAGUAAGUGUCAUGGCAUAAGUUCCUGGUUUAAGUCACUCAAAAAGAAAAAGAUACCAGUGAGCUAGCUAUUAGCAGGGAUUUCGUUAGUGACAGGGAAAAUCAUCCUAUACAAUAACUCUCCUCUGUCUUGUCUCCCUCACACAACCCACUAUUAAAUUUAGUUUAAAAUUUGAUUACUAAAUAAAUAUUAAAUUUCAAUAUUAAAAACCUAACAUGUAUUUUGUCUUAAUAAUUUUUAUAUGAACACUUGUUCUGUGGAAUGAUUCAUCUGAGUUUCUAUUAUUUCUUAUUAUAGAAAUUUGCUUUGAUAUAAGAGUGGUUUUGUUUUUGAGGGCAUUUCAAAAAUAAAUUAUGCUCCUAAUCCAAAAUGUUACUUUCAAUUAAAAUUUAAAUAUAGCUUUGUAAAUCAUUUGAAUCAAUUAAUUAUUUAAUAAUUUUAUUCUCAACAAUGACUAAAAUAGGUUGUGCCGAACUUACCAUUCAUGCAUUCAUCAGAGGAAAUGGUAUUAAAUAAACUCUGUAAACUUGGAACAUACUAUAAAGAUUUUAGUGAUUUCAUCCAGCAUUAUGGGUCUGGAUUGCUUGCUGGACAAAGGACAGGUAAGAUAUCUAAAGGAUUUUUAUCCCCAUGUCAAUUUUCCAUUACAUAACAGUGUAAUUUCUGAAAGCUGUAUAUUAUUAUUUUCUUAGAGGUAAAAUAAAACUUUUGAUCUUUCAGAACAUGAAAAUUGCAUACUAAAUCUUUUCUAAUAAAUAGUGAUGGUGCUCUGAAUGUAUAUUUCAAUAACAUUUGUUAUUAUUUUCUUUAGAUAUGGAUGACCUUCAUGGUUUGUAUAUGAAAUGUCUCUGUCAAGGCUUGGAUAAUGUUUUACAGGAUUACAGAGAUGCACUACUGGAGAUUGAACAAGAUGUUUUGCAUGAUGCUUACCUUCCAAUCUCACAUUUGUCUUGUCGACUACAAGAGGUAACAAAAAAAAAAAAAGAUUUACUAAACGCAAACCAAAACAAAAUAGACAUGUAAACGGAUAAUGUUUUACAGGAUUACAGAGAUGCACUACUGGAGAUUGAACAAGAUGUUUUGCAUGAUGCUUACCUUCCAAACUCACAUUUGUCUUGUCGACUAAAAGAGGUAAAAAAAAAAAAAAAAAAGAUUUACUAAACGCAAACCAAAACAAAAUAGACAUGUAAACGGUCAUUAGAAUAAAUUUGUAAGAAUUUAAAAACUAAAGUAUUUAAAUAUGACUCUGAUAGUACCAAGAUGUGCAUAUGGUUAAUAUUAAAAGUAAUUAAUUAUCAAGAUUUGGUUGUAUUAUAAUUAUUUAAACAAAAAAUUGUAGGUACCUAUGAAUUUAGAAAGCUCACUGAAGACAUGUUUUUUGUGUGUAGGUCUGUACUAAUUUCAUAAUGGUUUUACUAUCCAUUCAAAGUUUAUCUAUGUACAUUGUAAAAAGAUACAAAUUUUCAAUUAAAUGAAAGAAUGUAAUUUUAAAGACGGAAAGAAAAAAAUGAACAAACAUUGAAUUAAUCUGUUUUGUAUAAAAACAUACUGAUCAAUUUUUUUUUAUUGUUUGCAGUUUUACCUUCUCUUUCCAGUUUUAGCCUCAACCAUUGAUCAGAUAGUUUCUCAUAAGGUAUGCAUCUAUUAGAAUAUCAAAUUAAUUUUUCGGUCUAGACAUCUCUCCCUUUACUCUUGGCUUGUUACUAGAGUUAACUUUUCUUUUUAAAAAUAUUACUUCGCAGAUGGAAUUUAUAAAAUUAUAAUUAAAUUGGGUGGUGAAUAAUAUUUAAAUUUUAAUGGCAUUUUGGAAAAUGGGUAUUGUAUUGAAUUUUCUGACAACUUUUGGAUUUUAUUUGUGGUGCAACCUGCAAUAAAGUGUGUGAUUGUGUAUUCUAUGAAACUUUAAUUUGGGUUUUUCAAUUUUGGAUUUUCAUUAUUUUAAAAAUAUUUUGAAUUUUUUAUUUUCUUCAAUUUUACACUUUUCUUAGCUCAGUAUGCAACUGUAGCUAAUGUGUUUUAGUUGAGGUAAGGGAGUGACCGCAGGUCAUUGACACUUCUUGUCACAUAACUAGAGAGAUAGAAUAAAGUUGCUACGUUUGCCAUGAAAUUAAUGUACCGGCUGAAAUUACUCAAGGAAAGGGGGCGACCGUAGGUUGUUGACACCUUUUGCCGCAUGAAGAUGGCGACCUUGGGAAAUUAGUGGCUUGGAUUUUAUAAAUUUACCUAUCAUAAUUUUAUAACAAAUAAUAUACAAAAUAUUUUAUUAUAAAAUAAACUUUAAAAAAAAAUCUUGUGCUGGGUAAGAAUUUUUAUGACAAACUUCUUACCAUACAAAAGAUUUUUUUUGGAGUUCUAAUUAUGCAUUUAACUUUUAAAUAAGUGAUUAUUUAUUCAUUAAUGGCUAAUUUGAUAAAUAUGAGCAUUCUCUAUCAUUAGGCACAUGGGUGCUAUAUUUUGGAUAUUCUUCACAAAAACUCCAUAUUUGGAAUGCCAGUGGUCAAGAAUGCAUUAAAUAGGUAAUACUGAGCUAAUAUGUCAUUGUGUUUACCAGCUUUGAAACAUUCCCAAAUAUUUUAACAUAUUAUUAUUAUUAAAUAAUUAAGCUGUGGCUUUUAAACCUCUAUUCAGGGUGCAGGAUUAUACAAAUGGAGGAAGCCAAGUCACAAUCUUUUCUGAAAUUUUGAAUUAGCUCCUGAAUGUUGUAGUAGAAUCAUAGAUUUAUUCACCGUUUUCCUAAUCAAUUAUUGCAAAAAAAUUAUUUUGGUCCCUGAUAAUAAAAAAAGUUUGUCUCCUGAUGUCACAUGUAGCAAAUUUUAAAAUAAAUUACCUGAAACUUUAUAAGUUUAACUAGGUUUAUUUAAAGUAAACAGUUUGAAUGAUUGGAGGUUGUAACCAUGAGUCUUCCUUUAUUUGUUUACUUUAUGCUAGAAAGUCCAAAUGACAUUAUAUAUGCCUGAAACUUAAUCUUUACACUUUUUUUUUUUUAAUUUCAAGAAUUCUCCAUGUGUGUCAUGGACUUUUCUUUAAACAACUUUCUGCUUGGAUGUUGCAUGGAAUAGCCUCUGACCCACACCAAGAAUUUUUUAUUCAGAAAACCAACCAAUUGAAGGAUCAUUCUUCUGGGCAGAAGAAAGACGAUGAAGAAGAAGAUUUAGGCAUUAUGGGACUAACUGGACGUCAGCUGCAGGUAAAUUAGAAAUUAGAUUCUAACCCCUACGUUGUGCUACAAAAUUGUUUACAUUGUUGUUUUGCCAGAAGACAUAUAAAUUGUUGUUACCAAAAUAGUUAUCUUAUAAUUUCGAAAGUUCAAACCUCCUUUCAUAAAUUUAGUAGCCAGAUAGGGUUACCAAACAGCAUUGAAAAUAAUCAGACCAGACUUUAUUCUAUUGAUUGUGCAUAAGUAUUGCAAUUCCAUGAAAAAUUAUUUCAUGUUUUCAAGCAUGGAGAUUGACAAAAAUAAAAGUGCCAUUGAAUCUUUGUUUAAAAUUAACUUUUAAAAUUUUGUUGAAUCUGAUGAUUUUUAAAGUUCUUGAUGUUUAUUUCUACCUUUAAAUUAAAGUCUUCAAACAAUAUUGAUAUACUUCAAGUAAAGCACUUAAAAGAAUCCCAGAUAGUGCUCCCCCCCACCCACACACACCGACGACACGCCACCACACACUUUUAUGAACAGUAUUAAUAUUCUUAUAUUUCACCCCCUUUUACACCACAGAUUUAUUUCAUUAUAUUUAAAUAGAAAUUAUUUCCAUAAAACAAAAAAACUUGUGGUGCUGUAUUUUUGAGAUUCUCAGUUAACGCAGUUAUCGGAAAUUUUAUUUUUCACGCUGAGAAUUAUAUUGAUUGAUUCAAAAACUUAAUGACAUUUAAAACUGUAACAAAGAAGCUUUCAUUAUAAAAUGUCAGCUUGUAAACUAAUUGUAACAAAAUUCUUUUAAUAUAUAUAACCACAGAAAAUCCACUUGGGCCCAGAUUUAGAUGAACCCACCACGGAUACAGGUCAUUACAGUAUUUCCGCUGAUCUCUUGCCGUCUUAUAUCCCGCUGAGAGUUGCAAAUAAAAUUUUGUUUGUUGGAGAGAGUGUUCAGAUGUUUGAAAGAGACAAGCACAAAAUGAAAUCCAUCCAUCAAGGUAGAUCUAGAUUUAUUUAUCUUUGUCCCUGAUGGAUGAAAUAUUUUUUUGGAUAUUUCCUAAUUUGUAAAAAUAGAGCAAUUUAUUUAUUUUUUUUUUUUGCGAGGAUCAUGAAAUUUACAAUGAAACAGCAAACAUAAAUUUAACCAGUUACUUUUAUGAAGAUGCAGACGUGAGAAAUGUUUAUUGUAUUUUGUGAUAAAAAUUUUGAGCAUUCUCUAUCACUUUUUUUACAGCAAUAAUAUUUCUCUUAUAUAUUUAGCUACUUAUGAUACACAUUUUUAAAAUUUUAUUUAUGUUUUACUAAAUUACAUAAUGGGUAGAGAUACAAUGGCUAGGGUUUAAAAAAUGUUAAGUUAAAAUAGCAGGAAGACCUUUUUCUAAGUUGGAAAUAUUCACUUGCUCUUGUAAAAAGGUUGCCAAUAAUUUAUUUUUGGACUUACGUAUCUAAAUGACUGCUCUUAAGAUGUGUUUAAGUAUGAGAUUAUACAAAUACUUCUAAGGAUCCUCAAUAUAUCCCUCUUGUGUUUCUAUUAAUAUUUUAUUCUCUAAUUUUUACUUUGGUAACAAAAAAAAGUUAUUUUUGAGGUCUUAGAUUUAGGUGUGAUGUUGAAAAAAAUGCAGCAUGUGAAAUUUCAUUAAAAUCAUCCAAAGAACAGUUAACUUAUUUGAAGUGAGUAGUUGAUAAAAAGAAACCAGUAUUUAAACAGUUAUAUAUAUUUUUUUAUAUUCCAGCUGUAACUAUUAUGAGUAGCAGGGAAGAUGAAUUUGCUGGUGAUCUCCAAGAGUUAUCCAUGCUGGCAGAGUUCAAUAGUAUCAGUUUUGAGACUAUCAUAGAUAAAAUAAGAGUCCAUGCUGCUGAGGUAUAUUGUCACCAUAUUGUACUAAAGUUUUCACAUGCAUAUUUGUUUUUACAUGGAGCCAAGCUAGAUCAAUCAUUGUAAUUUUGAAAUGUAUAUUGUAUCAAUGAGCAACUGAAUAUGUCAUAUUUUAUCUAUUUAAAAAAACUGACAUAUGGAAACCUGCUUUUAAAAAAAAUGAUCCUGAAAAUAGAAUUACUAUUACAAUUAAAAAUUGUUUACUUGAAAAGGGAUUAACUGUGAAAAAUCUAUUAGUUACUUUUUUUAAAGACAAUAUUUUUUUAUUUAAUUUUUUUAUUUAAUUUUUUUAAUGUUACUAGUACCUGUGGUUUGUUGUGGUGGAACAGUCUGGGCUGACCAGCCAGUUAAGGGUUAUGAAAGAUUUUUUUCUGCUUGGUCGUGGUGAGCUCUACUUAGCCUUUAUAGAUCAAGCCCAGCAUCUUCUACGGACCCCUGCUACGUCAACAACAGAGCAUGGUAGAAUAGUUUUAAUAAUCUUAUUUUAAAAUGAUUUAAACAAAUAAUAUUGAUGAUGCACUACUCAUUGAUUGUGUGAUGUAAUGAUAAUACUAAGAGCUUAUUAUAAAUAGGUUAUUUAGAAAUUAGAUAAUUUGAAGGGGUUAAAACAGCAUUAAUUUCUAAUUAAAAUUUUCUGUGAAGGUCAACUAUUUCAAAUUUUUAACAAGUAAUCCUAAUGUGUCUUACAGAUGUUAAUCGUGCAUUCCAUCAUGCAGCUAGAAAUGUUUUGAUUGAUAAUGAUGCCCUACUGCAGAGAUUUCAUCUGACAGUGCCAUUAACUCAAAAAGAUAAGAGUAUGUUGUUUUGUAUAAAAUUAUGA